AGAAAGUGUUUCAGGAAGGUUUUUCAGGAAAAUCAGGAAGAAGGAAAACACACAAACGUCGAGUUUGGACGAACCGUCUCAUCAAGUAGAUGGUCACAAAAAUGAGGCUCCACGUGGAAGUGGCGCUAUGCGUCAUGAUUAACGCACUCUUCGUCCACUCGGCCGUGUACACGCCGGGCAACGCCCCCGUCUACAACCCGAACGCCGCCGUCGAGGCGAUCCUCCCGUCGCAGGUCAACAACCCGGGCUACCUGGUCACGCAGACCGUGUACGGCUUUCUCGAUUUCACCACCACCAUCGGCAACACCGUGAUGAUCUUCUCGCCGCAAAGCGCGGCCCCAGCUGUCACCGAGCCCCCGAAGACGACACCGGCAGCGCCGGUGAUCGAAACGUCCCCACCGACGACGACCACGACGGAACCGGCCCCGGCGGAGGAGAUCAAACCCAGCCGGACGGUGAUCCUGCCGGCGGUGCAGCCCAAGGAGAAGGUCAGCGUGGUGCAGGUUCUGCCGGAGGCUCCGAAACCGUACGUGGUCAAGGCGAACGCCGCUCCUCCGACGGUGAAGUUUGUGCAGAAGGCCGUCACGCCGGUUAAGGUGAAGCCGGUGGCGAAGCCGAAAACGAAGGUGGCGAUCGUGGAGGUGACACCGGUGAAGCAGGUGGAACCGGAGGAGGAGGAGCCGUUCAAGGUGCAGGUCAUCAAGCCGGCUGCACCGAUCAUCAAGGUUAUUGGAGCCAAGGUGGAGGUUACGACGGAGAAGGAGAUUGUUACGCCGGAACCCGUGCAGGAAGUUGUGCCUGAGGAGGAGGUUCAAGAGGAAGAGGAGGACGAAGAGGAAGAGGAACAACAAGAUGAAGUUCAGGAAGAGGAGGAAGUCAAGGAAGAGGAAUCAGUGAAGGAGGAACCUGCACAAGAGGAACACAAGGAGGAGGAAGUUGAAGAAGAAGAAGAGGAACAACACGAAGAAGAAGUGGUCGAAGACAAGAAGGAACCUGCCAAGACCGUUGAGGAACCGACGAUUGACGCCGAACAGAAGGAACACUCGCCGAUCGUGUUCUCCAGCAUUACGGAAGAGAAUGAAGCAGAACACGAAGACGAGCACGAUCAACACGACGAGGAAGAACAGGACGAGGACGACGAGCCCGCGCCGGUGCUCCAGAUUGGCAAUAACAUCGCUCCCGAGCCGGAGUACGACUUUUUGUCCCGCCAGCCGUCCGAAUUUGUGGAAGAAACGUACCGAGUGGUGAACCUGAAGCCAACGGCCACCGCUUCACAGGCUGGUGCCGCUUCAUCCGCCCCAACCAAGCCGAAAGGCAAACGGGGACAAGGUAAUAAGAAGCCCCGCCCGACGGGACUGGUCACCAAGCUCGGUGGAACCGUGGUCAAGGACGGCGCCACAACGGUCCACGAAACGAGCGUAAUCGGCACCUACAUUUCAGGAAAGUAUGCCCAGGUCCUACAAAGCACUUCUCAUGUAUUUCAAGGUAACGCCGCCGCCGCCGCCGCUCCCGCCCAAAAAGGUCCCGCUCCGGGUCCCAAAAACAUCAACCCAAGUCAAACGCUACGAAUCUUGAAAACGGCCGCACCAAACCCCAACAAGACCCCGCGAUACAACGCGGAACUGGCUUCAAUAAUCACCCCAUCCCCGUCGCACGCGCAAGCCCUCGAGGACACCGGUCUCCCGCUGGAGAACCUAUUCGCGGCCCAGCCAGCCUCGAACUUGGUGCGGCCAUCGCGCCGACUUGCCGGACCCGGAGCCGGCCUGAACGGCGGCAGCUUCAAGAACCGCCUCAAGAAUCGCAUCGGCAAGGACGACAGCAACGAUCUGCAGGAGCGAUCGGACCAGGUCGACGAACCGGUCGGACCUCCAGUGGCGGCGGCCGCCUCGGCGCCAAGCUUUGGUAAUGGGAAGAAAACUAACCGAUACCGUAACACGCAAACCGUCAAGCCUAACAACGUCGGCAAGAACACUCGCUAUAACCGAUUCUCUACAUCUAGUGUGGAACUGGCGACGGUGUCCGUUUUCAGUGAACCUGCGAGCAGUACCCCUGCCUAUGCCAACAACCGGCGCCACAAGCAACAGUCCUCUCGAAACAAUUUCAAGCCAAGUUCGUCAUCCCACAGCAGCUCACCAUCAUCGCCAUCCCAACGAGAUUCAGCGCCCAAGUACCAGCAGCAGCACCACCAGCAACAGCAACAGCCGGAAGCCGACCGACGAUCGUUCAAGCCGAACCUGCGACCGACUCCGCCGGAGGGUUCCGACUCCACCACCUCGACCAGUCUGUACAAGUUCAAGCUGAACCGAUCGCCGGGCCGUUGGCAGUACAAAAGCCCACCGAAGCCGACGGUGAACAUCCGCAAGCAGACCGGCGCGACGAAGCCCAAGGACACGGUUGAGAAUCUGACGAACGCGCCGAUUUCGGACACUUCCGUGCAGUACAAUGAACUCACCCAGAAUGGGGAUGGGCAGCCGGAGAAGGUCGUCGAUUCGGAUGUGGAUCUGGACCAGAGCGGAUCGGUCAAUGGGAACGUGCUGAACGAGGCGGAGAACGAUAACCAGAUUGAGCGCCGGUAUCCGGUGGAGACGAUCAAGGUGGAGAUUUCGACGCCGGUCGACUUUAAGGAUACGUACUACGAGAUUGCGACGAUCAAGUCGCCGUACACUUUCCAGGUUGGCACCAUCAAAAACACCCGCUACAUCACCGUGACGUCAACGUUCGAGAAGACGCUGGAGCAGGAAACCGCCACCAUCACGCCCUCGCUUACGGAACCCCUCACGGAGAACAUCCUCGCCACGACCAGCCACAUCGACAAGGAGAGCAACCUGCUGGACUCCAGCAUCGCCACACUGCCUGCGAUUACGCUUUCCGGUGAUACCGAAACUCCCCCGCUGGAGACGCUCACGGAGACGUUCAGCACGACGCAGGAGAUGCUCAAGACGCACAUCUUGCCGGUGAUUCGGGACGGCACCGAUACUACGAGCUACACGCUGAUUCAGACUUAUCACGUUACGAGGUUGGUGACGGCGACGAAGACGCUGCCGCCGAUGGAGUUGUACCAGUUUGUGCCGUCGAAGACGCUGAAUGAGUUCAACAGUCGGUUGGACGAAGCUGGGUCGGAGUUGCAUCUGGAGUUGGAGUUUGGCGAUGAGAACGAUGAGGACGAGGACAAGCCGAAGCGGGAGCGACUGCCGUCGGAUUUGGAUCUGUCGAGCAUUGGGUCGGACUUUGAUUUGAGCGAGGUUGACAAGACUAACAUUCCGGAGAAGUUGCGGCCGAAGAAGAAGGUUUCGUCGCAGAAGGACGCCAACAAGAUCACGACCGAGGCUCCGGUCACAACCCCGAACUUGACUCCGGAUCAGCUGCAGCAGCUGGCGCUGCUUCGACUGCUGAACCCGGCUGCCGCCGCUCAAAUCCCGUCGGUCAUCACUUCGUCCAAACCAAUCGUCAAACUGGAAACCGUGUUUGAAUCGCACGUCCUCCCCAUCAUCAACGGUGCCAACACGAUCUUCAGCACCAUCUCCCGCCCCAUCGGAACCAUCACCAAGACCAGCUACGAGGUCGUCACCACGACGCUGCCAUCGCUCCCGAUCCCACCAAUCCCCCAACUGAACCCCUUCCAGAUCCAACCAACCCAGCAGCUCCAGCUCCAGUCGACCCCGGUCGUCACGCAAACCGUCGUCACCGAAACCAACAGCAAGAUCCUGAAGCUGACGUUCGGCGCCAAGACCGCCUACACUACGCUCUACUCCACGAAGGUCGUCCCAACCCAACUCACGACCUACUUGACGCAAUCCGUGGCCGUCCAACCGACGGCGGCCGCCUUCCCCGGGUACUUCCCGGCGCCGUACGCACCCUUCCCGUACGUCGGUUAGGAACGUCCCACCCCAAAACCCCACUCUAGGCUAGAAUAACGAAUUUAGGACAAAAUAUUUUAAUUACGAAACCCUCCAACUAUCCACACUCUAGAAUUACGGGCGGGAAGAUACGAAUCGCGCGAAACACGCGCAAAUUGAUCCCUUCCGGGGUGCGUGACGCGGGCGAGCAGCAGUGUUGCCACACGCAAAUUUACCCAUUUUCUGCGCCGGAAGUGGCUUUGGAAGGAAAGAGUCUCAACUAUGGGUUGAUUGUGGCCAUAAAUUGGCCUUUGGCGUGACGUGAGGAGAGCGUUGAGGAGUUGUUGUUGCGGCAAAUUAUAGGUGUGUGUGGGUAAGUUGGAACUAGAAAGACGUCGAGGGGUGCAACGAUGGAGUUGAGAACUUUGGGUUGAUUUGAAAAUAGAUUUCAAUCGAUUUUUCAACUGUAGAACGAUCGAAACAUUUAAAACUGUUGAUUUCGGUGAAAUUCUACCGAAAUUUGGUAGGCAAUUUUAUAAUCACCACAGAGUUACACAUAUUUGACAGUUUCUAUUGUUUGGUGCUAUGGUUCGCUCACAACAAGAUGGCUCUUGCAAGAUUAUUUAAGAAUUUCAAGUAAAAUUAUCCAAAUUAACGUAUUUUUAUGUGUGAAAUCACAACCAAAAUGAUGAGGCAAAUCUAUCCUAAUUUUCAUAAAUCCACAUUUUAAAAGAUAUUUUGAAACAUCAAAAACUCACCACGGCAAUUAUAAAUUCACCACAGCUCGUUUGACAGUUGCCUCAAUGUA